CCAAUCAGAACGUGGGUAGCGGUGAAGCCUCGAAGGCCGUCAAUGUUCUUGUCCUUUUCCCCUCAAUAAAGUCCGAACUUGGAUUGAUAAUCUCUUGUUGGAUUGUGUGGAAGCGCUGUAGCGCCUCCUUCCAAGGCUGGAGCUUGGUUGUUCGAGGGUCAUUUUCAAGCUCUAUAUUGGUGCUAAUUAAGCAAAUCUGCUCUACUUUGGAAUGGCUCGACGUUACGAUGUGAAUGAGCCGGGGAGUGGUGGCCGCCGUGGAAGACGACGCGGUCAAACUACCGUCAAAGUGUGCAUGUUAGACGACUCCGUGGUGAAAUUCGACAUAGAGCCUAAAGUUAAAGGUGAUAUCCUCUACAAACAAGUUUAUGAGUACUUGAAUCUUGAUGAGCGGGAAUAUUUUGGGCUCAGUUACUAUGAUAAGUCUGACAAUUUGUUCUGGCUAGAUCAGCUAAAACCUAUCAAAAAACAAGUAAAAGAAAUAGGCAAAGUCCUGUUUAGAUUUUGUGUGAAGUUCUACACUGCCGACCCUGCAAUGCUACAAGAAGAAUACACAAGAUACCUUUUUGCAUUACAAGUCAAAAAGGAUCUUGUAAACGGGAGGUUGAAAUGUUCGGAAAGCACUGCUGCAUUGUUAGCUUCAUAUGUUGUGCAAGGAGAACUUGGUGACUUUGAUACUUUAUCCUGUAGACCUGGCUACCUUGCAGACUUCCAAUUUUUCCCAGAACAGACUGUAGAUUCUGAAGCAAGAAUUUCCGACUUCCACAAGCAGCACAGGAGUCUAUCACCAACUGAUUGUGAUUAUAAUCUCUUGGAUGUCGCACGGAGACUUGAGAUGUAUGGGGUUAUUUUAUACCCUGCAAAGGAUAAAGAUAAUGUGGAUCUUGAACUUGCCGCUGCAAACAUGGGGAUAAUAGUGUUCCAGUCUGGAUCUAAAAUAAACACUCUUUCAUGGGCAAAAAUACGAAAACUUAGUUUCAAAAGAAAAAGGUUUCUAAUCAAGCUACACCCAGAAAUAUUUGGACAUUAUAAAGAUGUUGUUGAAUUCCAAAUGGCCAGUAGGAAUGCAUGCAAGAGUUUCUGGAAAGUGGCUAUAUCUACACAUGCAUUCUUCAGGCAAUCGGAGAGCCAGUCCCCACCACGUCAUCGUCCAAGGGUAUUCAGCAGAGGGUCAUCGUACAGGUUCAGUGGGCGCACGCAAAAGCAGAUCAUCGACUCCAUGCAAGACAGCUUUAGGUCACAGCCCUCAUUCCAGAGAACUCAGAGCCUGAAGACCCCAGCCAGAAACAACUUACCUCACACCAGCCAGUCCAGUGCUUCAGGAUUCCCUCGACCAUACAAUGCAUACAGUGAAUCAGAAAACAGGAUUGUGGAACCCAUGCCUCCUCAAGAGCAAGUACCAGAACAACAAGAAAAACCUGAACAGGAGGUACCAGUACCAGCUUUUGAACUUCCUCCAGAUAAUGAGCAGGAGGAACAAGGAGACAUCCCAAUUGAAGAGUCAGAGCCCAAUGGCCCAGUCAUUAAGGUCCAGUCAGCAGAGAACCCUGACGAAGAUAUUCCUCUGAAAGACUUAGACGAUGAACCAGACAUGAUGAAAGACGAGUCCUCCUCAGCGGAGUCUGUCCAUGAUCUCGAGUGGCAGGAAGAGCUGGACAGACCAGAAGAAGAACAUCAAGGUGAAGACGAGAACAGCACUUCGUACCGAUACCCUACCCCCAAGAUAGUAUACAGCGCUGAAGAGAGCAAGGAGAACAGGAAAAGCGACAUCAUUAUCCCUCCAGGUGUCGAUCACAUUGCUGUUCAGCCGCAGCCACGUCCACCAACGCCUAUUGAAGUAGAUGGAAUAGACUCACCAAGCCCACCUCCCCCGCCCCCAGAGGAGGAUGAUAUCAGUGAGGAGUUGGUAGAUGAGGUUCAAGAGUUCCCUGUUUCGCCUGCUGAGACACUUCCAUCUCCUCCCCCAGAGUUGCUUAGGGACAGCCCUGAUCCAGAAAGUUUGCAAGGGAAAUCAGAGCACACCAAUGGUAUCCACCAAAAUGGCUUCCACUUGGAACAAAGCAUAGAGACCUCAUAUCAAGUCAAGGUCCAGAAUGGUGGGGUUGUCCGGCACGGCAAAGGUAGCCAGAGCUCCCAGGUCAGCACUGAUGAUGACCCAGACACCCAGACAGAGAAUCGUGACAAUGUCUUUGAGGAACAGGCCUCUCCUAAGUUCCGCAGCGAUAAUGAGUAUUCACCGCCAUCAUCUCCAAAGAUGAUGUUCAAGUCGGAUCAAAUGCUCUCAAAGGCUGGCUCCAGUGCUGCCUACAAUAUCGCCAAAGAACUUCUAAACACAGAAAGAACGUACGUCAAAGAUCUCGAGGUCAUAACAAUUGCUUUCCGUGAAGUUGUUUCAUCCCCUGGGGUACUCCCAGAAGCCACCAAGAAACUACUCUUCUCAACCAUCGACCCAAUCUAUGAUUUCCACUGCGCAUUCCUGAGUGAGCUUGAGGAGCGCAUGACUUUGUGGGAUCAAUCUUUUACUACUAGCACAGGAACAGAGCCAAGAAUAGGCGACUUGAUGCACAAGAACAUGAAGCAGAUAAAGCGUUAUGUGCACCAUCUAAAAAAGCAUGAUGAAGUUAUGUUGGAACUUGAGGCAGCAACGAGAAAAUUCAAGCAGUUUGAGCUUGCGUACAAAGAAUUUGAGACACAAAAAAUCUGCUAUCUUCCAUUGAAUGCUUUUCUUCUCAAACCGUCUCAACGACUGCUGCAUUACAGAUUCCUACUGGAAAGGUUGCUCAAGUAUUGUGUUCGUGACAGUGAAGACUCUCAGGAUAUUCAAGGAGCAUUAGAAGAACUUGUAGGAGCCGUCAAAAGUACAGAGGAAAGCAUGAAAAAGCUGGAGAAUUUCCAAAAAAUAAUCGAGCUUCAACGUGAUUUGAUUGGUGUGGAUAACCUAGUGCAGCAAGGCAGGGAAUUCAUCCGGGAAGGCUGUUUGCAAAAGAUGACUCGGAAAGGACCCCAGCCAAGAAUGUUCUUCUUGUUUUCAGAUCUACUUCUAUAUACAUGUAAAGGCGUUACUCUAACAAACCAGUUCCGAGUACGGGGCCAGAUUCCGCUUCAUACAGUCAAGGUUAUGAGCCCCAGUGAGCUCAAGCAGGACUCCACUACCCUUGAGGAUACUGGUCCAGAGUUACAUGGCUUGUUCCCAUUCAACAUCAACUUCUCGAACAAGCACAUGACAGUGGCGGCUCCCUCGGAGGAGGAAAAGUACAAAUGGCUUGAGGACUUGCAAGUUGUUGUGAGGCAAGCAAAGGAAAGUGCCUCCUGUUCGCAGUGCUUGUACAACAGAGCCAACAUGAUGGUGAAAGCUCCUAAUCUACAUGGAACUACUUACUUGUGUGAUGAAUGCUACAUCAUCAACAACGAGGAUGAUGACUCCUGUCGAAAUGGCGAAUCCGACCACCACGUUGUUGGACGUGUUGGCAAAAUCUUCCCCCUCCCAACCCCGGUGAACAUCCACCGUAGCUUCAGCGACGGAGAAUCAGAUGAUGACGCAGCAGUUACGAGUCCUGUUACAAGCCUUGAUAGGAGACAUGCCCACUGUCAUACGAUGUCCACUCGUCGGGUGUGCUGGCACCGAAACACAAGCGUCAGUAUGCAUGAGCAUGCUCUUUCAGUUCGGAAUCAAAUGAGUGGUGAUCUGCUAAGGAAGUUUAAGACAGGAAAUCGUUGGCAGAAGCUAUGGGUCGUCUUUACAAAUUUCUGCCUGUUCUUCUACAAAACACACGAGGAUGAAUUCCCUCUCGCAAAUCUACCACUUAUUGGUUAUACUGUGGACCGCCCUUCAGAGGGUGACAACAUUGAGAAGGACUUGGUGUUCAAGCUUCAGUACAAAACACAUGUUUACUUCUUCCGCAGCGAGAAUGAAUACUCCUUCCACAGAUGGAUGGAGGUCAUUGCCAGUGCCACUCAGGGUUCCACAAGAACAAGAAUUUUCAGUCGAAUGGACAGCAGCAUCCAGCCCUGAAUGUCAAUAUCAUUUUUUUUAAAUGUAAAUUAAUAUAAAUCGCUAGGUGAGCUUACAGAAUGUUGCCCAACUCUGCGUCCAAAAUGGAAUGUUGAAUUUAAUGCAAUUGUAAUGGUGAAACCAGAAAAUGGCAAAUUAUGUAGCAAGGAAAAAAAACGAGGUUUUAGGGGCUCAUACUUUUUUAUGGAAAGAUAACAAGUAUAAAUGAAUAAUCAAAAAGACAGAUAUAUUCCUAUAGAAUGUUUUUAAUAUUUGGAAAACUCCAAGAGUGGACAGAAGUUCUUGGAAAUGCUAUAGGUUACUUAAGGUAUAGUAGUGGAAUAGUUUCUUGUAAUUUAUGAACAGUAUGUAAAUUCUUGGAUAUUCCAAGAAAUUUAUAUGAACAUUGUUAAAGGAAUAUUAACAACAGAUAACUCUACAAAGUCAUCUUUCAGUUUAUUUAGAAUGUCGUUUUAACUAGAAAUAGUUUGGGUUAUGUAUAUAAGUGUAGCUAUGGGAGAGGUGCUGGAGCAAAAUCUGAAAUCCUAUCCUGCUUGUAGAGUUUUUGUCCUUUCAAUUUCCUUUACAGAUUUGUGUCUUGUUGUUGUUUCAUCUCUUAUUUUUUUUGUCCCAAUAACUUACUUUGCUUGAGUUUCAAAGUGAGACUGAAAAUCCGCACCUGCAUGGUUUAAAGACGACAAAGUGGGAUAUCCUUUUCUACAUACAAAUAAGUAUAAUAAACAGAAAGGACGUAAUUUUCUGUGCAAGAUUAUGUUUGCCAUUCUUGGUCGAGUUGAUAAGCGAACAGCAGGCUGGGAUGAUUUUAGGCGAUGAAAUUCAACAUGGUGUUGAACAAUGCAAAUGUUGAUUUUGUCAAUCUAACUAUUCCGAGUGCUAAAUUUCUAAAACCUACCAUUCGUUCAAUAUCACAUCAACAUUUUACCAUACAAUUUCAUCCCCUAAAAUCGUCCAAGAAUGCUGUUUUCAUAUCAACUCGACCCAAUUCCCCAUGUAACUCUUCAAUCAUUAUUAUCCAGUUAUGUAAGUUAAACAUGGCACAAAAAUGUAUGUAUGGGGCAGAUCAAAAGGUCAUUUUGGGACAGACCUUAAGAAAAUCUAGUGAAGGGUUGCAGGUAUUUUCUGUGCAUGAUAAACAUAAACAUAAUUAUUGUACUUUAUUAUUCUUCUUUUACUACCAGAGUGGUUGUCAUAAACCUGUGGAAUACACUUAUUUAGCUCUAGUAACCUCACUGUUUUUGUUCUCCUUUGUGUUGACAACUAUGCUUUGGCAAUUAUUGUUUCACAGGUUUUUUUUUUAGAAAAAAACACAUUCAAUCUAGAUAUAGUUAUAAAUAAAAACUAUGUACAUGUUUAGCAAAUAUAACCAGCCUUUGAGUUUU